AUGGGAGCCAAUGAGUCCUGGGUCACUGAGUCCCUCUUGGUGGGAUUCUGGCUCAGCACAGAGAUGGAGGCUCUCCUCUUCUGGAUCUUCACCCUGUUGUACACCAUCAGCAUCCUGGUAAAUGGCAUAAUUCUGGGACUCAUCUACCUAGAUCCCAGACUGCACACCCCCCUGUAUUACUUCCUCUCACACCUGGCUGUCCUUGACAUGUCCUAUGCAUCCACCAAUGUCCCCAAGAUGCUGGUGAACCUCAUGAGCCACACGAGAACCAUUUCCUUUGGUUCCUGCAUAAUGCAGACAUUCCUGUACUUGGGCUUUGCUGCCACAGAGUGCCUGGUUUUGGCGGCAAUGUUUUAUGACCGAUACGUGGCCAUCUGCCACCCACUCCAUUACACUGUCAUCAUGAGCUGGAGAGUGUGCAUGGCUCUUGCUGUCACUUCCGGGUCUUUUGGAUUUAUUCUCUCUAUGGUACACGCUAUUCUCCUGCUGAGGCUGCCCUUCUGUGGGCCCUGGGCUGUGAACCACCUUUUCUGUGAGAUCCUGUCUGUCCUCAAUUUGGCCUGUGGUGACACUUGGCUCAACCGAGUGGUCCUCUUGGCUGCUUGUGUUUUUGUCUUAGUUGCGCCCCUCUCUUUAAUGCUUGUGUCCUAUGUGAACAUCCUCUGGGCCAUCCUGAGGAUCCAGUCAAGGGAGGGCCGUGCAAAGGCCUUCUCCACCUGCUCCUCCCACCUCUGUGUGGUCGGGCUUUUCUUUGGCAUAGCCAUACUGGUUUAUAUGGUUCCAGACUCUAAUCAACGAGAAGAGCAGGAAAAGAUGCUGUCGCUAUUUCACAGUCUCUUUAACCCAGUGCUGAAUCCCAUCAUUUACAGCCUGCGGAACACUCAGAUGCAGGCUGCCUUCCACAGGGCUUUGCAGAAGAGAACCACAGGAGGGACGGCAAGCCAGACUGUUGGCUUGGUGUAGCCUUCCUCUUAAAACACGGAUUGUGGAAUCAAAAA